UGCAGGCAUUUAACUAGCACCUCCAGCUGCUGCUUGGGUCAGAGCGGCGCUGGAUCUCUGAGGAGGAGACGGAUCCUCCUGGACCGGCUUCAGCUGGAUGUGUGUGUGUGUGUGACGCCAAAAACAGAUUCCAUCGCUGUGUCUUGGCGUUUCCAUGGUUUUCAUGCUAUAAAUUCCAUGAUAUGUGCAUGUAAAUACACCUAAAAAUAAUGAGCGGGGACAUGAAGAGCAGAACCUUUUCCCAGAGCCUGGUCCUGGAUGACUCCGACCAAGGAGUGGUGAUCACUGGAAUCACAGAUGAUGUGGUCGCUCAGAAGAGCGGUCUACGAGCAGGGGAUGAGAUCGUUGCAGCCACCAUCCACCUGGACCAUCUCAGCAAAAACGAGGUCCAGUAUAUUCUGAAGGUGUUGGAGCCGUACGACGACAACAUGAAGGUCCUGACUAAGAAGGAGCUGAGCGCCGGUACUGACCUGGGCCCACUGGGACUGAGGCUGGACCACGGAGCAGAUAUCCAAACCCUGAAUAAGGAUCUGUCCCUGGAUGCAUCAGCUGGGGGGUUGGGGGAUGGAAUAAGUGUUCCCACUGUCAAUGGAGACAUUCCUGGUCUUAGUUUAUCUGGACCAGACGUCAAUGGAACCGUCAAAGCCCCUGAAGUCAACAUCUCAACUCCAAAGCUCAACACACCCGAUGCCUCAGUCCACAUUGAAAAACCAGACAUCAAGGCCGCCAAAUACCAGGCCCCAAAGUUCACCAUGCCCCACUUUAGUCUACCCAAAAUCGGCCUCCCAAAAACAGACCUGGAUGUUUCAGGGGGAAUAGAUGGAGAUGUAGAUGUUCCCUCAGUCAGUGGAAAACUGGAAACACCAGAUGUCAACGUGUCAGCCCCUCACGUAGAUCUGGAUAGUCUAGAUUUAGACCUGAAUGGACCAAAAGUGGAUCUGAAUGGCCCUGACGUAAAUUUAGAGGCCCCAAGUCCUGACAUUGACAUGCCCUCAGGUGGAAUCAAAUGGCCCCAUCUUAAAUGGAAAAGUCCGAAGGUUAAAGGGCCCGAGGCGGACCUUCCUGCAGCUGAUGUCAGUCUGGGUGCACCAAAAAUUGACGCAGCUCUAGAUGCACCUGAUAUUGAUGUUAAUUUGCCUAAAGCUGACCUUAAAUGCCCCAAUCUUGAUGUGCAAACCCCAAAUCUUGAUAUGGAGGCUCCCUCUGGGAAAAUCAACUGGCCGCAUCUGAAGUGGAAGAAGGCCAAACUGCACGGUCCUAAAGCAGAUUUGGAUGUAGAUCCUGUCCUGAACACUCCAGGUGUUGAUGUCUCACUUCCUAAGGUUGAUGGGGAGAUAAGUGCACCAAACUGUGAUAUUAAUUUGCCAAAAGCUGAGGUAAAAGGCCCAGAUCUAGAUGUAGAAACCCCAAAUAUUGAUGUAGAAGCUCCCAGUGGUAAAAUUAACUGGCCCCAUUUGAAGUGGAAGAAGCCCAGACUUCACAGCCCAAAAGCAGACCUAGAUACAGAGGUGACGGCACCGGAUUUCCAAGUCUCAGUUCCGAAUGUUGAUGGUGAUAUUGAUUUACCAGGGGCUGAAGUGAAUCACCCAGAAGUUCCCGAUAUAGACGUUAAGACUCCAGAUCUUGAUGUUGAUGCUCCUUCAGGGAAAAUCAACUGGCCUCAUUUAAAGUGGAAGAAGCCCAGAUUUCACAGCUCCAAACCUGAUCUGGACCUGAACAUGGAUGUGAACACACCAGAUGUUGAUGUUUCUGGACCAAAUGUUGAUGGCGCAAUCAGCACACCAGAUGUUGAUGUGGCUUUGCCCAAAGCCGACCUUGAUGUUCAAGCACCAGAUGUAGAUGUUGCGGCACCAUCAGGAAAAAUCCGGUUCCCAACACUCAAGAAACCUAAGUUUUUUGGGCCAAAGGUGAAAGCCCCAGAUGUUGAUGUGAAUACAGAUGUGAAAACCCCAGACCUGAGUGUCUCUGCUCCAGACCCAUCACUGAAUCUGCCUGAAGCUGAUAUGAACAUACCUAAUGUUGCAGUUGAUGUCAAAACACCAGAUGUAGAUGUAGAGGCUCCAUCUGGGAAGAUCAAAUGGCCUACCCUUAAAAAGCCCAGGUGGUCUAUCUCAGGUCCAAAGGUGAAAAGCCCUGACGUAGAUCUGGAUGCUGACUUGAAUUUGUCAGCCCCAAAUAUUGAUGGCGAGGUGAUUGCACCAGAUGUAGACAUAGACUUACCAAAAGCUGAUCUUGAAAGUCCCAACAUAGACAUAGAUGGUCCAGAUAUCGAAGCCCCAUCAGGAAAAUUCAAAUGGUUUAACUUUAAAAAGCCUAAGUUUGGCAGUGUAAGUGGUCCAAAGGCUGACCUGGAUGCUGAUGUGAUAGUACCAGGUGUGGAGGUCAAUGGACCUGGUGUGGAUGUGAGUCCACCAGAUGUGGAUGUACCUGCACCAAACAUUGACACUCCAGAUCUAAAUAUCAGCACCCCGGAUGUUAAUGUUAAAUGUCCAGAUGUUGACCUUAAUGGUCCUAAUGUUGAUGUUGACCCACCCCAUGGUAAGAUAAAGUUACCUAAACUGAAAUUACCAAAACUCAAAGGGGGGAAAUUAAAAGCCCCUGAAUUAGAUGCAGAUUUAAAAGCACCAGAUGUGGAUGCCAGUCUCAGCUUGCCUGAACUGGAUGUUGACACACCCAACAUGGACCUAAAUGCAGCAGAUCUGUCCUUGUCUGCACCAAAGAUCAAAGGUGACAUCGUUACACCGAACGCUGAUCUCCAAGGCCCUGCCGUAAACCUUGAGGCUCCAGAGGCUGAUGUCCCAGAUGCAAAAUUGAAGCUGCCAAAAAUCAAAUGGCCAAAGUUUGGGUUAUCUGGACCUAGAGUUAAAGCACCAAAUGUUGAAGUUGAUGGAGAACUCCAGAGUCCAGAUGUAGGUCUCCAGCUGCCAAAGGCUGAAGUUCCAGCACCAGAUGUGGAUGUUUCUGCUGCUGUCACUACUCCAGGUUUAGAUCUGAAUCUGCCUACAGCAGACAUAAAAGGUCCUGACGUAGACGCCAGUGCCCUUAAUCUGUCAGCCCCCAAAGCUGACCUCAGUCUACCAGGCUUAAGUCUGUCUGCUCCAACAGUUAAAGGUCCAGAUGGGGAUCUGAAUUUACCCACAGCUGAUGUAAAUACACCUGAUUUGACUCUACCAAAUGGAGAAUUAAAGGGACCUGGUCUUGCACCAGACCUGAACUUUUCAGCACCAAAAACUGAUGGAAACCUCUCAGCUGAACUGGAAGCACCAGUGUCUUUGAACACUGAUGGUUUAGAAAUUUUGGAUGUUUCUUCCCCAAAUGUGGACGUAAACCUCCCAAAAGCAGACCUCAAAGAACCUCUUCUAGAGUUGAAGCCACCUGAAUUUGAAUCCAGCCUGGGCGACUUUAAACUGCCUCAUUUUAAUGUUCCAUCACUUGGUCUUUCAAGUCCAGAAGUAGACGUUCCUACUGUUAAUCCAUCCCUGGAGGCUGAAAUAGACGCGCCCAAGGUCAAUGUAGGGACCCCUUCAGCAGAUACCAACAUCGACUUAAAUACCCCAAAGAUAGAGGGAGACAUCCAAGGACCAGAGGUGGACGUGAAAGCACCAAAUGUAAAUACCAAUCUUGAAAAGCCAAAAUUGCCACACAUCAAUUUUCCAAAGUUUGGCUUUAAAAAAUCUGCAGAAGUCGAUCCCAGCGCAGAGGUGAACGCCUCGACUGAUGUGAAUGUUAGCGUUCCCAGUGUAGAAGGAGAAUCAGCUGACGUCAGUGUUUCUGCUCCUGGAAUCAACACCAGUCUCAACACACCUGAACUCGAUAUCACAGCAGAGGGAGAAGCUAAAGUUAAAGAUUCUCCAAAGAGUAAGUUGAAAUGGCCCUUCAAAUGGGGCCUGAAGUCGAACACCGAUGAUGAGGGAAGUGGGGCAGACUCUGAAACCGACGUGGCCAACACUGAAGUGGAGGUUCCUGCCUUCAUAUUCCAUAAGCUGCCCACCAACUGCAUGGAUGGAAUAGGAGGAAUCGUGGAUGGUUUAGAGUCACCGAAAGCCGGAACCGGAGUCAAAGAUUAUGUUGUCAGCAAAGGGAUUCGCCUGCCGAUUGUGAACGUCUCAUCGAAAACUGGGGAGAAGGUCGACAUUCUGGAGAGACUGAAAAUGGCGAAGGAAAAAGCACCCUCGACGAAUGUCUCACCAACUGAGGCCAAAACGGACAUCGCUCUAAACUUCGCUGGUCCGAGUGUUAAUGUCAGUCCAACGGCUCAAACAGAAGAUUCAUCUGUGGUCAGAGGAGGAACCUUCAAAGUGGACAAACCCCAGUCUGUUGUGGGCCUGGUCAGUCCUGUUGUGGGCCUGGUCGGUCCUGAGGUGACCACAGAUGAAGAUGCCAAACUGUCGGUGGGCCUCACUAAUAUGCUCGGUCUAAAUAUCAAGGACUGAGAUGACAAACGCCUAAAGCUGAGCAACAAAAAGUUGAAUCUAGAAACCUUGUAAAUCCAUGGAACUAACAGAAUGUGUGUGUUUUCUGUCCUCACCUUCAGUGUCCUUUCCAUAAUCCACCACCGAACCUAAUGAAGGAACUUAUUUUUAUGUUGUAUAUGUUUAUUCCUGUUAUUUAUAUAAGCUUUUGUUUUCUAAAUAGUGUUGAUUUACAAGCAUAUUACUUUAAUAAGUGUCUCAGUAUUGCAUGUGAUCUCCUUUAUCUGUUUAAGUUUUUGAGAAGUGCUUUAUUUUAUCUUACAAAUGAAGUCAACUGUGCUGUGUUCAAUAAAGAACUCACACAUGAUCAGGGUCAUUCUUUACUCAUAUAAAAAAAAUAAACUGAUAACAAUCUAAAUUCUAACAUAUCACAUGACUGUAUGUAAUUGUUCAAACAGAUCGUUUCAGUUGCUUGUAUAUUGUUUUAAGAGUCCUGUUGAAGUAAAUAUAUCGUUUAAUACUGUCAUAUAAAUGUCAGGUGAUGUUUUACUUUCAAAGUUUGUAAUUUUGUCAUAAGUUUCUAAGUAAAAGAAGUUAUUCACUUUAGUUUUAUCAGUAAUUAUUCCUCCUGACGGUUGUUGUUUAACACAAUUAACAUAACAACAGAACACUGACUUCUGUCCUGAAAAUUGUUAUAAAAUCGCAGAUGUUUUUUGUCCAAGAAACAUGAUUGGAAAUUCUUGGUUUUUUUGACAUACUGAAUGCAUACAGAAGUGUAAAAUAAAGUUUUGCAUAUUAAGUUCGUAUGUGAUAGUGAGCUAUUAAUAAAGACCAACAUCUU